AGAAAAAGAGUUGUCAAAUGCCAAGUUGUCCAUAAAGCGGUUUGGCUUCAAGUUUGCGAUCUGCUCUGAAUAGUAACAGUAUAGUCAUAUUUCGCGUUGUUGUGUUUGUGCAAGAAAAUAGGAAAAUGUCCUUCAAGCUGGUAGCAAAAGCAACCGUUGACGAUUCCAUUGAGGUGUCGAAAUUCCGGUCGGAGGCCACCGGUCUCUCGGUUGUCAUUGCGGAGGUGGAAGGCCCGGUUGUCAAUGGACAUUUUGCAUUGGCGACCGAAGCGCACGAUGAUGAUGGAUUGCCCCAUACUUUGGAGCACCUUAUUUUCCUCGGUUCUGAGAACUACCCGUACAAAGGAGUGCUCGAUUUACUGGCGAAUCGGUGCUUGGCCUCAGGGACCAAUGCCUGGACGGACACGGAUCAUACUUGCUACACAAUGACGACAGCUGGAAGUGAUGGAUUCCUCGCUUUAAUGCCUAUUUACUUGGAUCAUAUUCUGUAUCCGACGUUGUCAGACUCGGGAUUUCUAACUGAGGUUCAUCAUAUUUCUGGAGAAGGUGAGGAUGGGGGUGUCGUAUAUUGUGAAAUGCAAGGCCGUGAAAAUACGGGGGAGUCCAGGACCCAUCUACAACUGCUGCGAGCGGCGUACCCUAAUUCAGGAUACAGUGCAGAAACUGGGGGAAUAAUGCAUAACUUACGGACAAGUACAAACAACGAAAAAGUUCGAAAUUAUCACGCCGCAUUCUAUAGACCAGAAAACCUCACGGUAAUUAUAACGGGGAAAAUUGAUGCUGAAAAAGUAUUUGAAGCAUUGAAACCAAUUGAAAAGAAAAUUCUUUCAAAGGGCAAGAAGGAAUCAUUUAGAAAGCCAUGGCAAACGCCUGUUGCUUCUCUGGAAAAAGCUCAAGACAUUAAGGUCGUUUAUCCUUCUGACGAAGAAGAUUGUGGUCUAGUUUACGUUGGUUUCCGCGGACCCAACUGUGCUGACAAUCAUUCUGUGUUAACUGCGUGCAAUAUUCUUCUGAGAUAUCUGACAGAUACAUCAGUUAGUCCUCUGGAGAGAGAAUUCGUCGAAAUUGAAGAUCCCUAUGCGAGCAAAGUGUCCCAUGCAAUAAUAGAAAAUUUGAGCUCUUUAUUGUGUUUGUUAUUUGAAAAUGUACCAGUCAAUAAAAUAGAUGAUAUUUCCGGGAAAUUGAAAGAAAUUCUGUCUAGGUUUGCAAAAGGUGAUGAAAAAAUUGAUAUGCAUAGGAUGCAUUACAUAAUAGAAAAGGAAAUCCUUGAAGCGCUUAGCAGUCUGGAAAGUAAUCCACACGAUGCCGUUGCUUUUCUUAUUAUUGGUGAUGUUUUGUACGGGCGUAAUGAAAAAGAUUUCGUCGACCGAUUGAAUACGAAAAAAAUCUUAGAAGCAUUACUUAGCAAACCAGCAGAUUAUUGGGUUGAUUUACUGAAAACAUAUCUUGUUGAUGCUAAUGAGAUUUGCGUGCGUGGUUACCCCAGUAUUGAAGAACAAGCAAGGAUGUCCAAAGAAGAAAUCGAACGUAUCGAAAAGCAAAGGAAUACACUAGGUCCAGAAGGACUCCAAGCGAAAGGAACCGCAUUGAUGGAAGCCAUGGCUAAGAAUGAAGAGCAACCACCCGAAUCGAUGCUGACUCAAGUACCGGUACCAAGCACCGAAGACAUCAACUUCCAUUAUUUGAAAAUAUACAAAGCCACAGAUGGUUCACAGUCAAUUCCAUGCGUAGAUUUUAAUGACUUUCCAGUUUAUGCUGAAAUUUAUGAUAUUCACACCAAUUUCAUUUAUUUAAUAGUGACGUUGAACACGGGAUCUUUAGAUACAAGACUGCGACCAUAUCUACUUCUUCUUUUAACCCUAAUUUUGGAAUCUCCCAUUCGUCGCGAUGAUCAGUUGAUUCCAUAUGAGGAAGUUGUAGCCGCCUUAGAGAAGGACACAAUAUCUACAGGGUCUAGCUUAGGAGUGCAACCCAAUUCCAGUUUUAACUGCGAACCGUUUUCAAAUACGGCCGUCAUUAUGCUACAGGUUGAACCUAAAAAAUAUGAAACAGGAGUGAAUUGGAUGCGGGAAAUUCUACACUCUACAGAAUUUGUCACAGAGCGUGUUCGUGUAUGUGCAUCGAAAAUGCAUAAUGCUGUGUCGCAAGCUAAAAGGAAGGGCAAUUCUAUAGUUCGAGAUUUACUGAAGGCAAUGUAUUACGAAAAUGAUACAAAUAUUCGUGUUAGUUCAAUGUUGAAGCAACAAAAAUUCUUAAAAGGAGUAUUGGAUCAACUUGAUGGACCUGAUUCACAAAAUGUCCUUAACGAUUUAAAUACAGUACGCAAGCAUCUAUUGGGAAAUCAAAAUGUCGCGGUCCACAUAGCAGCCAAUCUUAAAAAACUUUCCGAGAAUAGAAUUAACAUUUCAAGUCCCUGGAGAAAUGUAACCGAAAAAUCUGAGAUUAGUGAGAAAAACUACAGUGCAAAUAUUAUCCCAGACUGGAAAGUAAUAAAGCCUGAGGGAAUCAUUCCAGAAAUUCAAGGUACUGUUGUUGGCCUGGGAUGCAUCGAAAGUGCUUUCCUCUUUCAUGCUGCUCCAUCAAUCAACGAUUUCAUGCAUCCUGACUUACCAGCAUUAAUGUUGUAUUUACAAUAUUUGACACAAUUAGAAGGGCCACUGUGGAGGCAAAUCCGCGGCCAAGGAUUUGCCUAUGGAUACAAUAUUAUUCCACGACCAAACGAAGGUCUUUUGUGUCUAACUUUAUACAGGGCUACUAAUGUUGUGGCAGCAUUUAAAGAAGCAAAGAAUACUAUCGAAGCCCAACUUGCUGCUGGAGCGAAGUGGGAUUCUAAUCUUUUGGAAUCAGCGAGAAGCUCAUUGAUAUUCGAGAUCAUCGAACGUGAAAAGAGUGUAGGAAACUUGAUUGUUCAGGGAUUAUUAACUACCUUCAAAAAUGUUCCGGCAGAUUACAAUCAACUUUUAGUAAAGAAAGUAAACGCGGUUGAUACCGAACAACUAGACAAAGUAGGAAAACUUUAUAUAUCCAAACUGUUUGCUCCGCAAGCUAAGACAGCAAUUGUGUGUCACCCAGAUAAAGUUAAAGAAAAUAUAUCUGCGUUUGCUGCCAUGAAUCGCGAACUGGUUGCUGCCGCAUCGCUCGAAGAAAGCAUUUUAGCAAAGUAAAAAGUAGCAAUCUCACACACUGCACUACAAUGAAUUUUUUCGAAUCACAUUCAAUCCUUCUAAAAUUUAAACCAACGAUUUACAACUGUGUGAUAUAGCUGAAUUAUUAAUUAACAACUUUUUGAUAUAUUGA